AUGGCAUCCCACGCAGACAAUACCACACAAGAUACCAAGGCCAACAAGGAGGUCAAGAACGAGACCGCUGACAAGACCGUCAAGGACGAGGAAAUCAUCACCAGCAAGAGCAACGACCAAACCCCUGUCGAGAACUCCUCUCAAGCCACCACAGACACCAUGCCUGAAGACAACAACGCCGACGAGACCACCAAACCCAAGGCUCGUUUCCGCAAGGGCAACAUGUUUAUCAACGGCGAACAGGCAAACGCCUACUUCAACAAGAAGAAGUGA